GUGAACAAUAGAUCUACGACCGCUCAAAUGGAACAAAUCUCUGUGAAGUUGAGCCAUGCGGGGACACAUCGCAGGUUCGAGAUAAUGGGGGAUGAUAACCAAAGCCUCUUCUCGAAUCUGACGACUCAUGUGUCUCAACUAGCUGCUGAAGGUGGACCUGCCUUCGAUGUUGCCUGGCAAGAUGACGAUGGUGAUGACAUUAUUAUUGCUCGUCCGGAUGAACUUGGGGAAGCCAUUAAAUCGCGAAAAGAUGAUUUGCUAAGAUUGCAUACGAUAAAGAAAGUUGGAGAACAAGAGAAUGUGAAAGAGAAUAUCAAGGAAGAGCAGACCGAAAAGGAAGCAGAGAAUCCUCCUAAAGCUGAGAAUAGUGGAAAUUCUGACGGAAUUGAUGCAGUUCACGGGUAUGUGAUCUGUGAUGUAUGCGAUGCUGUAAUUAUUGGCAUACGCUAUAAGUGCAUCCUUUGCAGUGACUAUGAUCUGUGUCAAAACUGUGAAAAGACAGGAGUUCAUGUUCAACAUGGAAUGAUUCGUAUCGUUGACCCCUUACGUACUUACAUACCGUGGGGUGCUCGAUUGAAUAGACCUCCUGGUUACCAUCACCAACAACAUCUUCCACCCGCUUUUGAUGGCUUCAUUCAUCGCCUUCGCGUAAAAGAAAAGAAGGAUCAGCUUAGUGAGCAAGUAGCGAAGGGUAUGCGGUAUCUUACGGAGAUUAAACAAGUUGUCACUAGUACCCUAGCUACUUUUGGUAAUGAUGCAAACUACGAAGUACAGGAAGAUGAUAAGAAGAAGGCAGAGCAACAGAAAAAAGAAAAUACUGAGGAAAAGAAGGAAAACAAGGAAGCGAAUGCUGAAGCCCAUGUUGAGCAAAAAACCGAGAUUGACGAGGAGAAGGCAAAAGCAGAAAAACCAGCUGCAUCUGGUGUCAUGAAGGAGAAAAAAUGAAUCACCCAUUAUUCUUCAAUGUAGGGAUUACAGCAGGAACUUCCUAUACGCCGCGAUCUCAGAUCAGCUGCCAUUUCAGAAUUUGAAAACGUCAC